GACUCAGUCCAGUUUGUGAUUACAGCAGCGGCACUGUGAACGCCAUCUGUUCUGCUCUGCUUCCGCGAAAUCCGACCCCGGUUUUAAAGAGUUUUCAGAGGAGCAAGAUGGUGGCGAAGAGGAUCCGCUCGGAGUACAUGAAGAAGUUCAAAGAUCCCAAAUGGGACACGUACACUAAAUGUUACGAGGAGAUGUUGAAGUACAGGCUGACCCGCAGGCUGCUGGAACACACGCACAACCCCUGGUUCUGGAGCGGCUCCGAUACUGACUCGGACUCGGGAGGUAGAAGUCCUCCUAUUCCUCCAAGCAAGAACCAGGUACGGGACCAGGAGGAUACCGGUGGCCGCGCGGAGGCUGAGCUAGAGGAGUGUGGGGGUGCGAGGACGGACACACAACAGGAGCAGAGCAGAACCUCGGGGCCCGUCCCCAGGCUUCCUAUUCAAGAAGAGGAGGAGGACACAGGGCCUGCUGCACAGUCUGCAGUUCAUGCGUCUGAUGCUAUGAGGGAGACAAAAGUACUACAAGAGGAGCAGAGAGCCAGCAACAGAGGUAAGAGAGACCCUGAAGGACCCCGACCACAGCAGAGUAAACCCUCAAAGUCCUCGAGGCAACCCCGGCGAUCACAGCGGGUCAGGCCUGCACCAUCUCAACUGCCCAGAGAGGACAGUAAGGAGAGCAGACAUCCUUUCGCCCUGUAUGGUUCGGGGGAGAAAGAUGCAGACACUGCAGGAAGGAAGACACACAACGUUGGCCCAGCGGCUUCGACUAAUGAGAUCCAUGAAUCGGCUCUGCGUGCUAAGACCAGGCGGGAGGUGGAGCGUCAGAUCCAGACUCAGCGGUCUGAGCGGCGGAGAGCCAAGUCUGCUGACCUGGACAAGGCCAGAAAAGUGGUCCAACCUGAGUUCAACCCCUGGCUCACUGAGUACAUGCGUUGCUUUUCGGCUCGCUCACGAUAGGACACAAACAGGGAAAAAGACCCUCUACAUCAGGAUGACUCUAGACAACAAACACAAAACCGAAGCCAUCACUGCCUCUCACCUCUAAAGUUUAAACUUCAAGUGGCCGAGUAGGACUAUAUUUAUACUAGGAUCACUUUCCCUACUAUGAAUUUGUUAGUUACUUCAUCUAGAGUUUUCUGCAGUUCCUUUUUUAAAUGUUUUUCCCCCUAUAUUUUAGAGUUAAAAUUGGCAUGCUGUAAAACAAACAUACCUCAAGGUUUAAAAUGAAUCUUUUUUUUCUAGUAUUAUUGAAACAAAGAAAAUAGUUUCAAUAGAAGUAACAGAUAGACAAUAAAGUCUGUUUUUUUGCAUAAACAAUAUAAAAAAGCAUUAUUGAAUGAUAUUAGAACAUAGGUAUGAUAAGCACUAACAAAGCCCUUUAAAAAAAGAGUUCUUGCAUAUAAUAGGGUCAUAAAUGACCACACUUGGUCAUUUUAGUGGCUAAAGGAGCAUAGUAACUUGAGGGUUAAACACCGACACAUGUAAAUGAUAACAUGAAAUGGAUUCAUACAGAUUCUCAGGAUGGAAGCUGACUUUCCUGCAAUGUUAAGUUUCACUGUGUGGCUUAUUCCUCCACGUUUCUAUAAACCACUUUUACUAAGACAGUACAAUAAUAUGUAUUUUACAGAGUAAGAUACUUUAUAACAAAUGUAAAAAUAAUGCAUACGUCUGUAAUACACAAGUUUAGUUGAGGAUGAGGAGUCCCAAGUGUAUGUCAAAGCCAUACUUUGAUGCAGCCCCUUUAAAUACAUGCUGUAUAAGAUGUACCCAUAUUUUUAUACAUAGAUAUCAAACUACAGUGGGACAUGUCGAAAAGAUAGAGCCUUGUUCUUCUGAGGUAAAAUGAACAAUGGUGUGAACGUAUAUAAUAAUACGUCAUUUCCUGUGUGUGCACACAGACACACAAAUUUAUACCAAGAACUCAGAGUAGUUCAACCAGAUGAAAGUUUAUUUCAAAUUCACUUGACUUUUAAUGUGCAUAUUUUCCUAUUUGUGCAGAGUACAGCUGAGUACACUUAAUUGAUGUAUAGAUAUAUUGAUAUAUAAGAGUGGAUUUUUAAUGCUGGGAGCUGCUUCAUGUUUGUGUCCCUCUUGAUGGUUCAGACUUGAUAGGUAGUGACUCACUUUAUGCUGACAGUGAAAAUCACACAUGUUUUGUGACAUUGCAUUUUCAAGUGUUUCUCAUGAACUCUGAUGCGUUAGUGACUUAAAGUGGUUUUAUAACUGAUAGCAUUGCUUUGUUCUUAAUCAUUUUGGUGCUAAGGUCUCAACGGUAUUGUAGAUACUCCGGACUUUCCUUCAUACAUCCACACACGCAAGUAGCAGCAGCAUCAGAGAGAGUUGAACACACUGCAGUUUUUUGUUUUAAAAGCACAGGUAAAUAGAAAAAACACAAGCAGAUUUAGGAACAUUCAUAGAAAAUAACCAACUACAGAGAAGUGCUGCACAGACAACACCUGAAAGAUUUACAGAGAACGCAAAAACGCUAGACUGUGUUUGGCUGACGGAGCACAGUCUAUCGACUUUUGCUGACUUUUGCUGACUUCAAUAACUUAAAUCACAAAAACAACAAGCAUGUAUGGAAGCUGUAUGGACAACAAAUAUUUUUUGGCAUCCAUGAGUAAAAUCUUUGACUAACUAACUUCUGAAAAUAACUUGAAAUUGAAAUACAUACAUUUUUUUACUUACGGCUCAAAAUUAGGAUUGUCAACAUUAACGCGUUAACGCAGAUUAAUCCGUGAUCAUGAUUAACGCGUUAAAAAUUUGAAUCACGUUAAUCGUGAUGACACGUUAAUGCGUUAAUGUUGAGAGUCCUAGUCAAAAUGUAUGUUUGUUUGUUUUUGGUGUGGUAGGAAAAAAAGCUUCCUAAUAGUUUGGUUUAUCAUCUCUUUGUGUCCUCUAGAAAUAUUUCCAGUUUUUGAAUAGGGCUUUGUGAGGGUUUGACUAGUACCUAUGUAAGCACAUACAUGAAAGGCAACCAAAAUCUGUGUUGUCCUGUUGUUUUCAGCAAUUUAAUAUUUGAUAUUUAGCAAAACUAAAUAUCAAAAUAUUUUAAUCUGCGUGAUUUGGCUCUGUUUUAAGCCUCUGUAUUUAAAACCUCCUGUCUAAUUGAGCGUUGGAUUUGCGGUUGAUGCGCUGGCAGAUGGAAGAUACUUAAAAAAAUUCAUUGCUACUUGCAUGCAUUUCAGAGUGUGUUGAGCUCCCUUUGGUUUGUUGUUGAGGCCAAACGUCUUUAUCGUUAUUAAUUUAGAGUCAGCUACAGCUUAAAUAACCAUUAACAGGAAAUGCAUACAAACACAUUAUGCUGAUGUACUGUUUGGUUUUCAGCCAGUCAUGAAGCGCUUUGAUCAUUUAAUCACUGUGUUGUUUUCAUGUAAUUAAUUUAUGAACAUUAGACAAAAGUAAAACUCAAAUAAUGACUGUUCAAACCACAAGAAGUCAGAUCUAGUAAUGUAACAAAGAUAAAAUAAGCUUUGUGCCAUUAAGACUUGGUGGACAAACAUUUUCAGCUGUUGUUGGUGUAAAUAUUUUGCAGAUGAUAGUUUGGUUAGUGGCCCCGCUUUACUUUUGUUUUUAAUUUUUAACACUUGAUUUCCGUGAAUGUUGAAACUUUGAGUUCAGUAUUACAUUGUUAAGAUUUGCUUUUAAGUUAUAUUGAAAUGCAGUUUGGUGCAAUAUUUUGAUGCUUUAAAAGUCGGUUUUGAGCCAUUGUGAUUUUAGAUGUGAUGAACUUUGACAAUCUCAGAAAACAGGAGGGAAGCAGGAUGAUACAUUCCUUACUUCUUUGUUAGUUAUUGGGACAAAGCUUUAUAGUCGACUUCCUGCUUAGACUGUUUAGACGUGUACCUCUAGUCAGGAGAUAUUUUACAUACUAUGUGUUUUUUCUUAGGUUUACAUGAUAAUGUGUGGCAGAAAUCCACCAAGCCAAAACAUUCCUGACAUGUUACUCAUUCACGCUUCACAGUGCAGGAUGAUUUUAGUGAAAAAUGAGUUUCACGUGAUUGUGAAGGCACUUGCAUGACAAAUAAUUGAUGUACUUGGUCUAGUUUACUGACAACAGAUGUAACAACUACGACACUGUAAAACUGCUUAAUUCUGUACAUUCUUUGUUUACAUAUUGAGCUUUGAACAAGCUUCAUUGUCAUAAUUAAAGGAUUUAAAACAGGUGGGCUUAUGCGGUGUUACGCUGAGCUUUUAAUAAAAUACAUUUACAUCUGUGAUUAUUCUCAAGACUUUGAUUUAAUAUCAACAGGCCAUUUUCAUUGUCUCUUAAUCCUGAUUCUUGCAGUGACAUGGUGUGGUCUCUCAGUACCUCGUAGUACAUUAUCAAGCACCUGCUGUAUACUGGAAUAAGUCUGUUUACACUAAGUUUUUGUACAAUAAAUUUA